AUGGGCGAACAAACGGACUUCAUGUCCAAUUUUCUCAAGAAAAACCGAGUGCCUGAAGAAUCGCGCAGGCAUUUCGCUUCCGUCGAAUGGACCAACAAAUACCUCUCCGAUCCUCUCUACAAACCCAUACCGACCUUCUCCCGGGUCCUCAAAGAGUCAGGAGAAGAUCACUUCUUCGCUCGCACCGUCAGCACUCCGGCGACCAUUCCGCACCUAGUCACUCUUCAAUUGAAAAACUUUGAGACUCCGCCGGAGGUGCCCAAGGGGACGCUCAAGGGAAAAGAAAGCCAAACUGCGGUCACAAGGGUCCCCGAGAAGCCAGACUGUGUAAUGCUAUUGAGUCUAGGUCGACCUGGUUUGGACGGCCAUCCUCGUAUCAUCCACGGCGGUAUGGCCUGCGCCAUUCUCGACGAGAUGAUCGGCUUAUGUUUGAUGCUGCACCAUCAACACAUCUGCGGCCCUCGAGACUCCCUUUUCACAGUGAACCUGAACGUAACCUUCCGUGCACCGGUGCCUACACCUGGAGAUGUUCUAGUCAAGACCUGGGUGGUAGCAAGAGAGGGUCGGAAAUGGCUGGCGCACGGCCAGAUUAUUGACAAAGAUGGCGUGGUCCUGACCGAAGCAGAGGGGCUCUGGGUGUUGGCCAAGCGACAAGAGAAGUUAUAA